UACAUAUCCACCCAUAAACCUAAUAUAAAUAUUUUCUUCACCAUCGCCAAAGAGGAUAGCAACCAACCAACAUUUAUUGCUACCAAAUUGCCAAAAACAACCGUCACAUAUCUCCAUUUCUCUCCGCCGCCGCCGCCGCCAUGGACUUUCCGGACUUCUCUUCCGGCCGGUCUCCGAGGAGGGAGCUCCAAGGCCCCCGCCCGGCCCCCCUCAAAGUCCGUAAAGACUCCCACAAGAUCCGAAAACCACCGGUGGCGCCCCCGCCGGCCGGCCUCCCCCACCAGCAGCCCCACGCGCCGCCGCGGCCGCCGGUCAUAAUUUACACGGUCUCCCCCAAGAUCAUCCAUGCAAACCCUAACGAGUUCAUGUCGCUAGUCCAACGUUUGACCGGCCCCAACGCCACGUCACCCUCCUCGGCCCCCGCCUUCCCCUUCCACGAGGGCGGGGGCGCCCUAUCCCCGGCCGCCCGUUUCGCCUCCAUCGAGCGCACAAAGUCGCCCGAUGGGAGGAGAACGGCCCCGCCCGCCGGGGAAAUGGUGGAUGGGAUCGAGAUCGAUUCCAUUAUUCAACGAAGUGGACAGCAAUUUCCCGGCAUUUUAUCGCCGAAUCCAAAUGCUCUUCCUCCAAUCCCACCAAAUUUCUUCAAUAUCUCGUCGGAUAACAAUAAUCCAUUAAACUUUUUCCAUGAUUUGAGCCCAGUUUUACAUAGCAGUAGGAAUUUUUCGGAAAAUAAUUUCUUAUUUUCGAGUCCCUCAACUUUCAUCUCACCGCACAUAAACACGCCUUCUCCAAACACUUUAGAUCUCUUCCACAGCUUAUUUGACCUAUAAUCGUAGGAGGAACUGCAGGAAAGUAACCGUAGGAAUUGAAUAGAGAUGCAUGGAGAGAUUUUGCUUCGUGAAUCCUUCAAUAGUUCAAUGGCGAUGAUGAGAUGAGAUGAGAUUCAUGGCUGUCUUUAGCAAGUGGGCCCGGCUUCUCAUUGUUGGUAUUUAAUUCUUAUUGAUUAUUACUUCUCUCCAUCUCUUUUUACAGUUGAAAAUUAAAUUUUGUGGGCCUUGUUAGCUUUUGGCUCUAAUACUUGGUUUUUAGUCUUUGUUGUAGUAAUCAUCGUAGUUUAUAUGAUAGCAAUUCUUUUUUUUUUUUUUUUGUCACAUUCGGAUUGUAAUUUCCGAACAAACAAGAUGAUUCAUUUGCCGUCCUUGUAGUUGUAGACACUAAUUAAGUUGAGUAAAUACUUUUUUUAGCAUAGAA